CCCAAGCUGGAUCAGUGUGUAGGGAGGGCAGUCAUCACGCCAUCCUGAGCAGCAAGAGCUGACGUUGGACGAAGCUGCCAGGUAGCUGAAAAAAGGCACAGAAGGCAGCUGAUACCCACUUUUCAACGGUUUGUGUUUUUUUUAGUCUGUAUCUGGACUUCAAGCAACACAGCGCCUGAGACAGCUCAUCUGAACCACGCUGUAUUGCAAUACUCGCUCUUCUCAAAGAAAAAGACUCCACUGAGCAGCAGAAUGCUGCCAGUGUCGCAGCCAGGUCUACAAUACAGAGCCUUUUUGUAACAUUGCAAAUUUCUUUCUGUUCAGAUAUUUGAAACACACAUAUACACUUAUAUAUCAGUUCUUUGUUUUCUGAGGACACCUUUGGAUUUUUUUAUUUUUUUUCCCUGAUGUGACUUUUUCAUCUUGGAAUGAUGGGGAUCUUUCUAGCUUAUAUUGGAUUCAUUUUCUUUUCAGUUAUGUAUAUUCAACAAGGACUUUCUACCCAAGCAAAAUUCACAGAGUUUCCCCGAAAUGUCACGGCCACUGAAGGGCAGAAUGUGGAGAUGUCUUGUGCUUUCCAAAGUGGCUCUACUUCGGUGUACCUUGAAAUCCAGUGGUGGUUUCUGAGGGCAGCUGAGGACCAAGACGCUGGUGCUGAGGUGACAGGCACUCAGGUGGAGUUCCUGCCCGAGCGGGACCUGGACAGCGACGGCACGAAGAUCAGCACAGUGAAAGUACAAGGGAAUGACAUCUCCCACAAGCUGCAGAUAUCAAAAGUGAGGAAAAAGGAUGAAGGCUUGUAUGAGUGCAGGGUGACCGAUGCCAACUAUGGAGACCUUCAGGAAUACAAGGCCCAGGCAUUUCUCAAAGUCAAUGCUAACAGCCACUCUCGGCGAAUGCAAGCCUUUGAAGCAUCCCCAAUGUGGUUGCAAGACAUGAAACCUCGUAAAAACAUCUCAGCAGCUGUCCCAAGUAGCAUCCACAAUUCUGCCAAUCAGCGUGUACGUGCCACCUCCAGCCCCGAAGCAGCAGCCAAAAUCCCCAAACAAAGUCCACAAUCAGGUGCGAGGAUAGCUACAAGCCAUGGACUUUCUGUCCUGCUUCUUGUUUGUGGCUUUGUGAAGGGUGCUUUGCUUUAAUCUAAAAGUGCUGACUUUUUCCAAUAUCACUUUCUCUUCUUAAAGCAAAGAGCAAAUCGCCUGUAAAAUCCACGGAGCGGACAGCAAAGUUGACCCUAACCUCCAACCACCACUCUGCACCCAAUGUACUCUAAAUCUCUACACAAGGAGCACCUUCUUCAGGAAGUACAAACAAAAUUACUAAAUAAAUAAAAUAAAAUAAAAUAAAAUAAAUAUUAUAAAAAAGAAGAGGAUACCACAUGUUUUCUUGAUAUAUCUUAUUUUCUUUGGCGUAUCACUGAUAUUUUAUUUGAAGAGAACUGGUGUGAUGUAAUCAAACGUUUUGUAACAGCAAGACCUAGUUUCCUUUUCUUUCGGCAAGGAGAAGCCUCAUCCUUGACUUCUCAGGGGUUGGCCUGCGAGUCCUCAGUAUUACAGAAUUAACCAUGGAUGACAUUUGGUUUCCUACGCUGAAAGAAUUGUUCCAGCCUGGAAGCAAAAAGAGGCCAAAUAAUGAAACAAACUAUAGUGAUUUAAGAUAAAUAGAAAACACACAAACUUUAUGAAUUUUUUUUUUCUUUUUUUUGGUAUUUUUUUGUUGGGUUUUUUUGGGGUUUCUUUUUUUGCAUGAGGAAUAGGAAUAUUCUACUAAGCAGCUCAGCAGACUAGGGGAUGUUGUUUCUGAAAAACAUAUGAGGAUAUUUUUCUUUUGAGAUUUUUUUUCUUUUUGCUUUUCUAUAUACUAUUCUUUUCCCCCUUUGGGCUUUUUUCCCUGUCUUUCUGUUUGUUUCUUGUUCAGUGAUGGCAAGUACCAACUUAGGCCAACCCCUGAUGACUAUGUGGAGGUUUAUAUAUAUACAUCCUUUUUUUUUGUGUGUGUGUGCGUUCUAUAUUUCAGUGUGUUUUCUCUAAUUUUGCAACUCCUGUAUAUGCAAAACCAACUUCAAUUCUGUAAAUUGCUUACAGUCUGUGUGAUAUAACUUCAGAGUAGACAUACUUUGGUCCUCAUGCAAGCCAGUUUUUAAUAUUAUCUGUAUGUCGUGCCACCAAGAAACAUCUUUAUUUUCUUUUUUGAAAAAACACCACUUUUUAGUUUUUAAUUCAGUAAUGUGUGGAUUUUGUAAUGCAUAUCUUCACUUUGACUGGUUUGAUCCCCUUCAGCCCUCUGUUUACUCUGUAAAUGCACAUUAAAAUUUGUUAUGGUCUCUAGACAAUGAAUUAUUUUAGUUUGUAUGUUGUGUUGGAGUUCAGAUGCUGAAAGCUCUUUGAACUUGUGAUGUUUAUAGAAGAUGAAGUGAUUCAAUCACUAGAGACUGUAAAAUGCAGGUUUGCUGUCAAAUACUGCACAUUAAGGAAGGUUAGAAACAGAAAACCGACAAAUAAACCAGAACAUGUCUUUAAGGAUGUUCUUUUGGUAAAGAGUUUUAGGAGAGUGAAUUUAUUACACUGAUAAAAUAUAUUUGCAUCACAGCUCCUUCUACAUGGCCAAAGAAGUGUUUUCUUUGCUUUUUCUGAAAGUGAAUUGUCAUUACUCAUUGAUAUUCUUAAUUAAAAUACUUUUUGUCUGUGAACUGAA